AUGGCCGAGAACGAGAAGACGGACCUUGCCCUGAGGCCUCCCUUCACCGCCCGCCCUAUUCCUCCCAAGCCAUCUCUCCCUCGAUCAUUGUCCCAAUCCACAGUAUCAGCAUCAAACGGCGAUACCAGUCAGCAGCCCACUCUCGACAGCGCAAGCAACCUCCCACUCACACCGCUCGACUCGUUGCCUACGAUAGCCGGUAAAAAUAACAAUUGCUACCUAGCGAAUGACGACAUCAAGAGCUUCCUAGAAUACGAUCUGGAUCUCACGCGUCUGAACCGCAUCCAUGGGCACCUCUGGAUGGCCGGACGGCCGAUGCGCGCCCGACCGCUGCACCGAUACAAGAUGGAGGGGUUUGAAGUUGUGUAUGCGCAGAACCACGAUCUGCACCUGCUCAAGUUUUCAAACAAGCUGAUGCUGAAGCCGCUGCCGGAAUGGAUGCUAGGCUACGAAUUCUGGCAGCAGUGGAUUUGCGACAACCCAUACUUGCACGGCGCGGCGUGCGGCUUCCUCCUCUCCUACGUGUGGUUGCUGACGACGCCGGUCGAUCACAAAAUGGCUCAUGAAAUGAACCUCCUGCCCAGCUUUAUCACCUGGCAUUGGUGGAAGGAGUUUGUCACCGACUUCGUUAAGCAUGUCGACGUGAACGCGCUCGAUCAGGUCAACAAGCGGUACCAUUUCGGCGAUCUGCGCCUGGGCAGGAUCAAUUCCAUCUACCGCAUACGCUACGCGCACACGCAUUUCGUCCGAGGCUACCUCUACGGCUACAAUCGCUACGUCGCAUUCUUCCAGCGCAAAUUCAGCUGGGUCCUCGUCGUCUUCGUUUUCUUCUCCCUGGUGCUGUCCGCGAUGCAGGUCGGCGCAGGCGUGGACCCCUUGCAAGGCAACGACCUCUUCCGCCGCACAUGCUACGGCUUCGUCGUCUUCUCCAUCGUUAGCGUGGCCGCCGUGCUGGCCUUGAUCGCGUUUAUCUUCUGCGUUAUAUUCUUCUUCAACAUGGUAUCUGCGAUUAUGCAUGCGAAAAACACGAGGAGGCUAAGGAAGAGGAAGGCUCUGGAGCGGAAGAACAAAAAGGAUGCUUGA